AUGGGAGAGAGGGUAAAUGGAAGAAGCAAAUGUCAAUUUCAGUCUCUGUCUGCAGUUCAUAACUGGACGACGGAGGACACAGUCCAGUGGCUGAAGGAAUCUGUGGAGCUGCCUCAGUACGAGACGAGCUUCAGAGAGUUCCGGAUCAAUGGAAACACUCUGCCUCGAUUGGCGGCGAACGAACCGUCGUUUAUGUCGGGUCAGCUGAAGAUAUUAGACCAGCGACACAAACAGAAACUCAAUCUCAAAGCACUAGAUGCUGUGCUCUUCGGCCCUCCCUCACGUCCGCAACACAACUGGUUGAAGGACUUGUGUUGA